GGGACAAGGUAAGAGUCUUGUCGGCGUAUAAACACAGUAAUCAACCGCAAAAGAAAGUAUACUUUACCUAUUUUUUAUCUUUAUGGAAAACAACCAGAGCGGUUUUCUGCUUAAAUUUGGUUACAAUGGGGAGAAGUCGGUCCCGCAGCAGAUCUCCAGUGAGUUCUGUGCGUAGGCGUGGAAACGAGCGAAGAUCAUCAAAGAAAUGUCGUAGAUCUAGCUCUUCGUCCUCCAGCUCCAGCAGUGAAAGUCCAAGCCGUCAGAAAAAACAAGUACAUGUGUCUAGCAAGAGCCAAAGUGCAGAGCAAAGAUCAGAGAAGAAAAAGCAGAAAAGAAAACGCGAUUCUUCCUCUUCAUCAAGCAGCUCAUCAUCUUCAUCUUCCUCCAGUGAUGAAGAAUCCAGGAAGAGAAAGCAUAAAAAGGCCAAGAAACAGUUGAAGAAAAUGAGAGCAAAGGAAAAAAAGAAGGAAAAAAAAGAGAAGAAAAGGCUUAAGAAGAUGAAGAAGUUAGCAGCUAAGGCUGAAGCAGCAGCAAAUAAAGCUCCAUUAAUGAUUCCUGUUCCAGUACCCAUACAAAUAGAUAAACCACAGUCAUGCUUAAUGACCUGGCAAUGUGAUGAUGCCAUAGAACAUGGUCCUGUGAUGACUGAUGAACAGAAAGCCAGUUUUUCCACUAAGAGGCCCAUAACAAAAGAAGAGUAUGAAGCCAGACAGAGUGUAAUCCGGCGAGUUGUUGACCCUGAGACAGGACGUACCAGGCUUGUGAGAGGAGAUGGAGAGAUUUUAGAAGAGAUUGUCAGCAAGGAGAAGCACAAAGACAUCAACAAGCAAGCAACCAAGCGAGAUGGUGAUGCAUUCCAGAAGAGACUAGGGAUUAACAAGUAGAGGAACACAACUUUUUCACUGGACAAAAAAAACUUUUUCCAGAUGUUUUUUAGCCAAAAAACCCAUGCAAUCUUAAGAAAGCAUUAUAUGUUCAGUGUUUUCACGCCUGUAUGAGUGUCUGUAAAAUUACUAAUCUACUUCUUGAAGUGGUUUAAAGAUUGUCUAAUUACUCCUGUUGUUUUAAUUAUGCUUUAUAGUCUCACAUACCAGCACAUAAAUGAGCAAUUAAAUAUCACCUGGAAUAUG